AAUCUAUGCAAUAAAGCGUCAAAUCUUGAAUGACAGUUUAUGAAUCUUCCGAAUAAAAAAUAAAAUAUACAAAUAUCAAAGGGAAUUAAAUUAGCUAUUAGAGCCUAGAGGAAUAAUUUAUCAAAUUUAAAAAUGGAUGAUCAAGCAUGCCCUCGUUGUAAAACUACAAAGUAUAGAAACCCUUCUUUGAAAUUGAUGGUAAACGUAUGCGGCCAUGCCUUGUGUGAAAGUUGUGUUGAUUUACUGUUUUUAAAAGGAUCUGGCUCAUGUCCAGAAUGCAAUGUCCCCUUGCGCCGCAGCAACUUUCGUGUUCAGUUAUUCGAAGAUUCUAUGGUUGAAAAAGAAAUAGAUAUUAGAAAACGAAUUUUAAAAGAUUUCAACAAGAAAGAAGAAGAUUUCGCCACUUUAAGAGAAUAUAAUGACUAUCUAGAAGAUAUAGAAUCUAUAAUUUAUAAUUUAGUUAAUAACAUUGACAUUUUAAAUACAAAUAAAAAAAUAGAACAGUAUAAAAAGGAUAAUAAGGAAUUAAUCAUGAAAAAUAAAGCAAAAAUUGGCCGAGAAGAAUUAGAAUUAGAGGAAAUCUUAGAAAUUGAGAAGCAGAUGGAGGAACUAAGAAGGGCAGAGGCGUUGCGGUUAGAACAGGAGGCAAAGAAACAGAAGAUAAGAGAGAAGGAAGCUUUAAUAGAUGAGCUCAUGUUUGCAGAGGGGGAUGCUAAGGAUAUACUGAACACAUUCUCACAGAACUUAGCCAAUAAACAGGAGGAAAUAGUUCCUGUAGUUCCGAAGGUAUCACAAUUCUCCAGUGGAGUUAAAUUCACUAGGGGCUCAGGUCAGCAACCUUUACUGCUUAUCGAGGAAGGACCUCUCUAUAAAUAUGAACCUCUUGCAAUACCAGAUAGAAUUGGUCCUGAUCCACCGUCCUUACAAGAAAUUAUAAAUAAGGGGUACCUGCAGCAUGUGAGGGCAGAGAACGAAACAGAGAAGGCCGGUGGUUAUUCAUCUACAUUGCCUUGUCUUCGAGCGUUGCAAGAUGCUCUAUCGGGACUGUAUCACGCCAGCUGACAGCAAGCAGUUGAUACUAUUGUGAUCGAGUGAUUUGGACUGUGAUUAUUGUUGUGAUUAAAUGAUUGGAUGUGUUUGUUUU